GGAUUUUGCUAAUUAUCUUUUCACCAAUAUGAUGUUUGCAAAUGUUUGCAAAUUUUGUAAACAAUUCCAUACAUGCAAGACUAGUCAUUUAUUAAGUUUAUCAACCCUAAAAAUAUUUCCAAAACACAUCUAUAUGAAAGCAUACUGUGCUUCUCAUGGGACAGCCAUACAAGUAAAUCUUCCAGUGGUCUCUCAAAAUGUUCCUUAUCAUCCAAUACCUAUUCAGCAAAAUAUUUGGCAGUCUCUAAGCACAUAUUUCAAGGGAAGCAGACAUCUACACACAUCUUCCAUGCACGAGAUGAAGUUCAGAAAGGGUCCAUCCAUGUCAAACCCUGAUGAAGAAAAGCGUCUCACUCGUCAGGGUUACUUCAAAGCUGAUGUACGCAACAAGGAUAGCUUCCUAAUUGCAAUUGAUGUCUACAAAGAACAAGAAAAGCUUCUUAGAGGUCAUGUGGAAUUCAUUCAAGCUGCUCUUAAAAGCAUGGAAGAGUUUGGUGUCCACAAAGAUCUUGAGGUUUACAAGAAGCUGAUGGAUGUCUUUCCUAAAGUGAAGAUGAUCCCUCAGAAUAUAUGGCAGGCUGAGUUUGAUCAUUACCCUAUCCAGCAAGACUGUGCCGUUGAUUUGUUGCAUCGAAUGGAAACUUUUGGUGUCAUUCCUGAUGCUGAAAUGGAAGAUAUCAUCCUCAUGGUGUUUGGCAGCAAUUCUCACCCAAUGAAAAAAUGCCGUCGCAUGAAUUACUGGAUGCACAAGUUUGCCAAUGCUUCCCCAUGGCCUUUGCCAAAGCCUGUUCCUUCAGAAGUAUUGGAACUUGCAAAGCUGGCAGUGGCGAGAAUGUGCUCUGUUGACCAGGCUUCCGAGAUAACCGUGUUUGACACCGCAGAAGUUAAGGAUGCUAUUGACCACACUUGGAUAGUGAGCGGUCAGAGCAUCCAUCAGAGAGAACUGGUCAACAAGCAGCCUGAAAAUGUUCCUCUGAAAGUUGAAGGACCAUGGAAAAUUUUCUUGAGGGAGCAAUCAAUUGAUUAUUUUGUUCUUAAGGCCGACCCUUUACCAAGUCCGCAAGUAGAACAAAUGGAUAAAGAUGACGUAUCUCUUAUUGGCCUUCUGCUGAACCCCGAUUGCUCUCUGAAGGCAGACACAGCAAUCACCAUCCGUCCUUCUGUUCACGAACAGAAAGACGGUACCAUUCUGGCCAUCUGCAUCACUGGCACUUCAAGUCGAGACUCGUUGUUGUCGUGGAUUCGUCUGCUCAGUCUAAGCAACCCUCGCCUUGAAGAAGGCUUACCUGUCAUCUUUUUACAAGCAUCGCCCACAGCUAGUGAUGAAAUCGUGCCCGCAGAUCAUUCCUCCACUUCAGACGAGAAAAAACUAGAAGCAGGGGAUAUGCCCACGACUGACGGGCAGGAUGCCAGUAGUGGCAAAAAUGAAGACUCAAAUAAAUAUAAAUAACCUCUCAAUCUUGAUGGUGGCGUUGCGUCAACGAAAAAAUUGUGAUAAUAACAAAAUUUCAUAAUAAUACAUACACAAUUUGAUAUAAUAAUAAAGAUUUACUGGAAGAACGAAUCGUAAGUUGGAACUAAAUUUUGCUGGUAACAAAUAGUCCUGGGUUGUAAAACUCGUUUAUCGAGUAUAAAGGGGAAAAACAAAACUGGGAGCAGAAAUUUUUCCAAAAUGAGCAACACUGGAAGCAACGACGUGCUAAAUCUUUUUUAUUAAAAUGUUCAUUAUCGAAAUUUUUGCUCUGCUAAAUUACAGAAUGUUGCUGUUUUUAAUUAAGGAACAUUGAAUUGUUGAAAAAUUACUUGGUAGAAUAGAUCUAUGUCUUUGGCUAAAAACAAUAUAUUCUGAGCAAUCUUUGUAAAUGUAAAUACAAAGAUCGCGUUACUAAUUAGUAAGCUAUGAAUGUCAAUGCGGCUUCCGCUGGUCUUAGACCUGACUGGAAUAAUCCGGGACGCACAAAUAUUUAAAUUACUCGCUAGAACGAAAUUCAGUGCCAUAGAUACUGGAAUGUCAGCAGAAUUUAGGAUCGCGUCAGCAUUAAAUCCAGUGAUCAAAGUAACCUCUAUCAUUUUCGUUACGAAUAUAGUAAUUUUUCUAUUAUUAGUUCCUUUAGUACAUCUCUUAGUUGUUAUGCCUAAUAUUUAUUUGUUAUUGGAGUUGUAUAUAAUGGUAACAAAUAUGUGGAAAUCAAUGUUUUGUGCGUCAU